AAAAGAGAAAGCCUAACAUUUUGUUCUUUUGUCUUUCAAUUUUUAUUUUUAUACACAUCUACUCAGUCGACAAAAUGGGGAAGACUCAACAAGCUAAAGAUUCAUCAUCAAAAGCAGAGAUUAUAACCGAUAAAAGAGAGUCUUCUACUCGACCAUCGAUCAGUGCCAGUGUGAUAUUCAAGCUUUUAGGUUUUUCAGCAUUGUUAUUCGUUGGACCUAUUGCCACGUACUACUAUACAGUGGAUACUCUAUUUAGUGGUAACAGUAAUUAUGCUGCUGGAGCGGCAGCUUUGGUAGCUAAUCUUGUUGUUAUAGCUUAUAUUCUAGUAGCUAUGGUGGAAGAUAUGCAAUCAAACAAAGCUGAGAAGAUAGAAUAGAAUAUGAUUCCGUUUAUAAUUCUUUUUUUUUUUUGUUUCCUUUCCUUUUGUACUUUAUUACCUCAUAUCUAUUACUAUCCCCUUUGUAGUUAUUUUAUAUUUUAUAAUGAAGAAAUAAAAUAAAAAAGAAAGAUUGAUAUUAAUUAGUAUCAUAUACAA